AUGGACGUGCUGAAAUUGACCGGUGUCUUUGCAACUAUCAAAUGUAUUCAGUGCUUGAUAGCUUUGCUGGCUCCUAAUAUACAGUUCGAUACAUCCACCGCACUAUUUUUGAAGAAAUUCGCUAGCCAAGAAGAUAUCAACAAUUGGUGGAAUGCACGAUUCUGGAACAAGUUAGUGGGAUGGGACGCUGUGUAUUUCUUGAAAAAUGCCAUGCAGCCAAAUUCGCAGCCAGAGUAUGAGCACGAAAACGCGUUUUCUCCAUUGUGGAGUCAGAUGGUAAGAGAGGCGUGUCAUGGUGAUCUGAGCUUUUAUCAUGUUCUCAAAACUGGCGUUCUUCUCGAAAACAGCAUACACCUAGGCUCGGCAAUCUUGCUGUACUUUCUCACUCUAAAAACUUUCAAAACAAACACACUAGGUACGCGGGAGCGCCGCCAUUUAGCGUUCAAAAGUGCGGUGCUUUUCAUUGCGGGCAGUGGCUCGGGAUUCUUUUUGGGUCUGUAUUCUGAGCCUCUCUCGGCAUUUCUAACCUUUUUGGGACUCCUAAGUCGCGAAAUAUCUGUGAAAUAUGAUCUACAUGGCAAUCUGGUGGUGCCAUGGUAUAAAUGGCCCGUAUACACACUUCUCUCUGCAACUUGUUUCACAGCCGCAUUUGCAGUCAGACCGAAUUGCAUCCUUCUGGGUCUUUUCUACAUCUUUGACCUGUACAAACUUUUGGUAUCAAGGAACUAUGGUAAAGCACUCUUCAUGCCAUUUUUGAGUGGCCUCAGCAUGUUCAGUUUCUUCAUCUAUUAUCAUUACUACGCUCCCUAUCAGACAUAUUGUCCUUCUAGAGGGGCGUGGUGCUCAAAAAAAAUCUUGAAUCUUCCUCUCAGCUAUCAAUCAAUCUACAACUUCAUUCAAGGUCAAUAUUGGAAUAACGGUUUCUUGCGUUACUGGACGCUGAACAACGUUCCAAACUUUAUUAUCGGCCUACCGAACGUCAUUACCUUAUGGUUUUCUGCCAUUUACUUUUCCCACCAAUAUCCCUGUUCGAAUCUCAAACCUUUGGUGCUCAUAACAAGACUACUGUUAAUCAUUUUGGUUCUUUUCGCGCAUAUUCAGAUCAUCAACAGGGUCUCAUCUUUCAUACCUCUUCAUUUGUGGUACAUUGCACAUCGUCACAACCGCCUAAAUUCUAUGAAGGGAAAGAAUAUCAAGGGCGACGACAGACUUGUUAGACUUUACGUCAUUUGGAUAAUAUUUUGGCUUCCUCUUCAAACUGCGCUGUUUGCCUCUUUUCUUCCUCCAGCGUGA